AUGGUGGACGGCGUGGCGCGAUCAGCCGCCCGGCCGCCGUCCUUGGCCUGGCCCAACACGGCCGCCGCCGCCGCCGCCGCCGCCGCCGCCGCCCCCGCAGCCACCCCCGCUGCCCGAUGCCGCUGUGUGUAUUUACAGGCGAGGUCAACAGCUGCGGCGGCUCCGCGCCUGCGCGCAGGCUGCCCGCCGGCCGCCGCACGUCACGCCGUCUGGCCUACAUUGCAGGCGCCCGCUUCCGAGUCCGGCCCACAGUGCACAGGCGUCGCGUGUCCCGCGACCCCGUGCCUCAACUCGUCUCGUCUCAUCGCUUCGUCGCUACGAGCCAUCCUCCCAGAAGAAACGCACGGCGUCUUAUAUCCUGGACAAGGAUACCGUCAGUGA